CCCCAGAAAAAAGUGAGAUCUGUCUAAACUUCCCAGGAUGCAAAGACGUAAACAUGGACGGCAACUGAGCAAAGAAAACUUUUCCAGCACGGAUGACACAAAAAAUCUUCACGCAAACAGCUCAGUUUUCCAGAACAAGAAAUCAUGGGGAGGAAAGAAGUUAGCAGUGGGACUCUGAAUGUGGACCAAUACAGGAAGAAGAUUGGAAAGCAGGACUGGAAGAAAUCUAAAAAGGAUGUGAAAGCAACAAAACAGCUGAAGGAUAUCAAGGAAUCUGCUAUGGGCAUAAAGGAUGUGGCCUUGAUAGUAACAGCCUUUGCCUUCAUGCUGGGAGUUAUCUACAUAUUCUUGUACAUGUACCUGGACCAGCAACCCUCUGCCAAGUAGUGGACUAUGCUACACUGACUUCUCAAUUUCUCCAAUAUCUACAACCUCCUGCAAAAUAGUAUACACAUAGAACAUGCUACACUGAUUUUUAAACUUGUCCAGAAUCUACAAACCUAUGCAAAGUCUACAACACUACAGUAAUACAUAGAAUUACAAAUCAGGGUUGAACAAGUUU